GUCUCUGAGCAAGCCAACGCGGGUCAUCAGCGCGGCCUCCCCAGAGGCACGGCGGAGCCAGCGAGCCUGGACCUGACAGACGAUGUUCGGCCGGGCCGGCUGCUUCCCGGUGCUGCCAUCUCCCCUGCCCGCUCGUCACAUGGGGGGGUCGGGGGGCAGGGCCAAGGCCAAGGCCCCGCGGGAUGAGCCCUGGCGCUCCCUCCUUGCAGUGUCCUGAGAAGGAAUCCCCAGGCCGGCUCUGGGCAGCUGAGGCAGAGGCGUCCUGCUCCCCGGAACCAGAUGCUGAUCUCCUGUUACUGGAAAACAGGAAUUAGCUUGUCUGCUUGAGGAUGUGGUUGGUUCGUUCUAAAAAGGACCCACAAGAAAUUUGCGCGUAGAACUGCCAACUUCAUUAUGCAGCCGACAGCUUCCAGCAAAAGGAGGACGUUUGCAGCCAGAUAUUUCACACGCUCCAAGAGCCUGGUGAUGGGGGAGCAGAGCCGGAGCCCUGGGCGGCCACCUUGUCCCCGCCGGCUGGGCCCUGUGCUGAAGGCAGGUUGGCUGAAGAAGCAAAGGAGCAUCAUGAAGAACUGGCAGCAGCGCUGGUUCGUGCUGCGUGGGGACCAGCUUUUCUACUAUAAGGACAAAGAUGAGACCAAGCCCCAGGGAUUUAUUUCUCUACAAGGGACCCAAGUGACCGAGCUUGUUCCUGGCCCCGAGGACCCAGGGAAGCACCUGUUCGAGAUCAGCCCAGGUGGUGCCGGGGAGCAGGAGAAGGUGCCAGCCAACCCCGAGGCGCUCCUGCUCAUGGCCAGCUCCCAGCGGGACAUGGAGGACUGGGUGCAGGCCAUCCGCCGGGUCAUCUGGGCCCCGCUUGGUGGAGGUACAGCUCGUAGCGCGCAUGCUCACCCUCUAGAACCCCUGCCUGCAGGGAUCUUUGGGCAGCGCCUGGAGGACACGGUCCACCAUGAGCGGAAGUACGGCCCCCGCCUGGCACCCCUGCUGGUGGAGCAGUGUGUGGACUUCAUCCGGGAGCGCGGGCUCACCGAGGAGGGCCUCUUCCGCAUGCCAGGCCAGGCCAACCUGGUGAGGGACCUGCAAGAUUCCUUCGACUGCGGGGAGAAGCCUCUGUUCGACAGCUCCACGGACGUGCACACCGUGGCGUCCCUGCUGAAGCUCUACCUCCGGGAGCUGCCCGAGCCCGUGGUGCCCUUCGCCAGGUACGAGGACUUCCUCAGCUGCGCCCAGCUGCUCACCAAGGACGAGGGCGAGGGGACUCUGGAGUUGACUAAACAAGUGAGCAACCUUCCCCUGGCCAAUUACAACCUGCUCAGAUAUAUCUGCAAGUUUCUGGAUGAAGUUCAGGCCCACUCAAACGUCAACAAAAUGAGCGUCCAGAACCUGGCGACCGUUUUUGGACCCAACAUACUUCGGCCACAGGUCGAAGACCCAGUGACCAUUAUGGAAGGCACUUCGCUGGUGCAGCACCUGAUGACCGUGCUCAUCCGCAAGCACAGCCAGCUCUUCACCGCCCGGGCCGCCGAGGGGCCCGCCUCGCCUCGGGGAGGCCCUCCGUGCACGGUGGGGUGGGUCUCCGAGGAGGGCCCGGGGCACAGUCCGCCCGAGCCCAGCAGCCCCAGUGCCCCCGGCCUGCCCUCGCACCGGACCUCAUCUCUGGACGGAGCCACGGUGGCCGCGCUCUCCAGGACCACCCCGUCGGGCGCCGGGCUCCGGAGCGCCUCCGCCCCCGCCUCCGGGAAGAAGGUGCAGACCCUGCCCAAUUGGAAGUCUUCCUUCCGGCAGUCGGGCUCCCGCGCCGGCAGCCCCAAGGUGGGCGCCUCGUCCCUCGAGGUGCCCAUCAUCUCCUCGGGCGGGAACUGGCUCAUGAACGGGCUGUCCUCGCUGCGCGGCCACCGCCGGGCCUCGUCGGGGGACCGGCUCAAGGACGCGGGGGGCGUGCAGAGACUGUCCACCUACGACAACGUGCCCCCGGCCAGCCCCUUCCCCAGCACGCCCAGCGUGGCCAGCACGGCCUGGUCCGCCGCCUCGUCCUGCGGGGCCUCCGCCGCCGGCUCGGUCAGCAGCUGCUCGGCCUGCAGGGCCAGCGACUCGUCGGCCUGCAGCUCCCUGCACACCGAGGGGCCGCUCGAGCCCUCCCCCUUCCCCAGCAGCAGCGAGGACCGCCGGUCCCCGGACCUGGGCCACAGCCUGGACGAGGAGGGCACCGGCCUCAGUAGCGACCAACCCAGCGAGCCGGGCAGCCCCGCCCUGGAGCGGGCACAGCACUCCGAGGCCCUGCACAGCCUGGUCACGGAGCUCAGGGCGGAGCUGGGCCGCCAGAGGACUGAGUACCAGAUGAGCGUGAAAAGACUGGAAGAGGGUAGCGCCGAGCUGAGGAAACGCAUGUCCCAGUUGGAAGAAGAACUGGACCAGGAGAAGAAGAGGUACAGCAUGCUGGAGAUCAAGCUGAGGAACUCGGAGCGGGCGCGGGAGGACGCCGAGAAGAGGAACCAGUUGCUGCAGAAGGAGAUGGAGGAGUUCUUCUCUACCCUGGGAAGCCUGACUGUCGGGGCGAAAGGUGCCAAAGCCCCACAAUAGAGGGGGGUGCUCCCCUCCCGCUAG